UUGAGAAGGAACAUGCUGCACAGCGCUGUCAUCUUGUGUCUUCUGCUGCAACGCAACGAGGAGUAUGGCGGCGUGAUAAGUCGGAAAGUCAUCGAGCUCUCAGCACUAAUUACCACAGAACGCAUAUUGACGACUUAAAUUUAGAUGUUUAGUCAGUAAUUAGUCGGUGAAGUGUUGGGAAAAAAAACAAACUAACUCCAUUUGUGAAGAAUGACAGACGUAAAACCAAAAAGAAAGAACGAUAAUAACCACGACUAGAACGUUCGUUAGCAAUGAGGAGUUUCCCAGUCUGCCUGUUAACGGUAUGUCGCCAUCCAAGCCUCCGCUGUCUAAAAAACCGAACGUUUCUAUGGACCACGAAGUUAGUGCAGCUGCAGCUCUGCCGACUGAUGGUGCUGUCCAAAUACUGGCCAACCUAAUCAACACCAGAAGUGAUGCACUGGAGAGUAUGGUGAAGGAUAUCCAGACUGAGGUGAAAGGCAUGAAGCUAAAGAUGAACUGCAUUGAGAAAAGAAUAGACAAAAGUGAGGAGAGUGUGGCGAUCUGCAGCCGACGUGUGUCUGACCUGGAGACCUACGGGCGACAAUGGAAUUUAAAGCUUCAUGGAGUGCCAGAAGAUGUGAACGAGGAUGUACGUGCAGUGGUGAUUGUUGUGUGCCAGGAGGUACUGCCGACCGAGAAGGAUGUGUUCCCCGCUGUCAUUGAUGUCGCUCAUCGUCUGGGCAAACGGCGCCAGAACGACCAGAACCCCCGUGGUAUCAUCUUCAGAUUUGUCAAUCGGCGACACAGAGAGGCGGUUUGGAAGGCUGCAAAGAACAACGCUUAUCUUCAGAGCAAGAGUCUGCGCUUCACGGAGGACUUGUCAAAGCUUGUCAAAGGAAGACCGUGAAAACAGAGACAAGCUAUGGCCAAGAAUCAAGAAGGCGCGCGAGGAGAACAAAAUAGCCUACUUUGUAGGUGGGAGAGGAUUCAUCAAUGGGGUGGAAAUCGCUCCGGAGUGACUGCUCGGGAGGGGACUAACGUUAAUGAGUUAUUAUUUUCUCUCAGGUUGACUUUUAACUUUUUCUUAAUUUUUCAUCAGACGAUCCACUGCCCCAGAGAAUAGAAGACCAAUUUGGCGCUCAUUUCGCUACAGACACCCUGAUUGUACUUAUACUUCAGGAAGCAACAGAGGGAAACAGAAGUAUGUGAUUGCCUGCCUGUACAAACACUGGAUUUAAAUUCAUUCAUCUCCUCAUGGUAAGUUCAUGAUGGGUUCCUGGUAGUUGGCCCUAUGGCGGAGCGGUGAGCUCACCGUUCUUGAAGACC